AUGUCAAAGCCAAUCGAUGUGGCCCGUACCAUCAAGGAACUCACCUUGGAGGAAAAGAUUAGGCUUCUUGCUGGCAAAGAUACUUGGAGCACGCAUGAAAUCGACCGGUUAAACAUUCCUUCGAUCACGACUUCCGAUGGACCGCACGGAGUACGAGGCACUGCAUUUUUCAAUGGUAAACCAGGCUGUCUUUUGCCGUCAGCUACGGCCAUGGGGGCCACCUUUGACGUCAAACUGAUGCACUCCGUCGGUAAGUUGCUCGCGACGGAGGCGAAAGAAAAGGGGUGUCAGGUUAUCCUCGCCCCGACAGUGUGUCUACAGAGGUCUCCUCUCAUCGGUCGUGGUUUCGAAGCCUUUGGCGAGGACCCGGUGUUGAGUGGUACAAUGGCAUCAGCGUACAUCAACGGUGUCCAGGAGAACGGCGUGGCUGUCAGCAUCAAGCAUUACGCCGCGCAUGACCAGUCAACGAUGUCAAUCGAAGACUCUAUCCGAGUGACAGAGAGGACCUUGCGGGAGAUGCACCUGUUGCCUUUCCAGAUUGCCGUCAGAAAUGCCAAUCCAUGGUCGUUCAUGACGGCGUACCACAAGAUCAAUGGAACCCAUGCGAGUGAAGACCCCUGGCUCUUGGAAGGGAUUCUUCGCCGCGAAUGGGGUUGGGGCGGUUUGAUUAUGAGCGAUUGGUUUGGUACUUAUAGCACUGCAGAAGCCGUGAAUGCUGGGCUAGACCUUGAGAUGCCUGGUCCCGCGAGAUGGCGAAGCCAAUUGUUGAUGUGGGCGAUUCUCUGCCGCAAGGUCAAGGAGUCUACCAUAGAUAAACGUGUGCGGAACGUUCUGAAUCUCAUCAACAAAGUUCACCCGGCAUUAGAGCACCAGCCCGACGCGGAGAAUCAGGGUGACACGGAGGAGAAGCGUCAGCUUUGCCGACAAGUGGCAGGUGAUUCAAUCGUUCUCCUGAAGAAUGAACGGUCUAUACUACCACUGGACACACGGUCCAAGAAGAAGUUCGGUCUCAUUGGGCCUGCAGUUCGAGUACCUGCUGUUAGUGGUGGGGGGUCCGCCGACCUUGUCCCGUAUUAUGUGAGCACGCCACUUGACGCCAUCACCGAGAUUGUCGGAGCAGAGAGAGUGAAGACUGCAGUUGGCUGCCACGGUCAUUUAUUUACCCCCCUUUUGUCCUCUGAUGGCUCUGUUCCCGACAUGCAGAAGCCGGGAUAUCUACUCGAAUGGUUCCAGGAGAACUUCGAGGAGCAGCCGACUGCGAAGCCGUUGCACACUACGACAACGACACAAGCGCAGAUGUAUUUUGCUGAUAGUCUCCCCAAGGGCGUCCCAGAUGCAUAUUGGCUCCGUGUUAGGACUGUGUAUACUGCUCCAAAGACUACAACCAUGCAAUUGGGUCUUUGUGUUAUUGGAAAAGGUAAACUGUGGGUGGAUGGAGAGGAGAUGAUUGACCUGUUUAAUAGCCAGCCCAAGAAGACACUCCAAACGCCAAUGUUCAACCAGGCAAGUAUGGAGGUGGUUGCAGAUAUCAAAGUUGAGGCUGGAAAAGUGUACCAAAUCUCUGUUUUCCUGCGGAACGAAGCCGCAAUCCCCGGAAUUGGGGCCCUUAGCGCUGGUGGUUUGAGAAUUGGGUGUUGCGAGAAAAUUGACCCGGUUGAGGCACUGGAUGAGGCAGUGCUGCUGGCCAAAACGGUUGAUGUGCCUAUUAUCAUGGCGGGCUUAAACGCUGACUAUGAGAGCGAAGCCGUCGACAGAGAGUCGUUGGACCUACCACCUGGGAUUGAUCAUCUGAUUCAGCGAAUCCUCGAAGCGAAUCCAAAUACGAUCGUUGUGACACAGUCCGGAUGCCCGAUUGCCAUGCCAUGGAUUCAAAACGCCGCCACCGUUGUUCAUGCGUGGUUUGGUGGUCAAGAGACUGGCCACGCCAUUGCUGAUGUAUUGUUCGGCCGCAUCAACCCUAGCGGCCGUCUGUCGGUGACAUUUCCGAGUCGUUUAGAAGACACACCGGCAUUUUUGACCUUUGGAAAAGGUCAAAGAGACAUUCUGUACGGCGAAGGUGUAUUCAUUGGCCACCGAUACUACGAAAAGCUCAACAGGCGGCCACUAUUCUACUUUGGAUACGGUCUUUCAUACACUAGCUUCGAGUACUCAAACCUUCAUGUUCCAAAGACAGUAAGAUUGGGAGAAUGUAGAGCGGGAUCGUUUGAUAUUACGGUUGAUGUGCGGAAUUAUGGUCGUCGAGAUGGAUGGGAGGUCGUACAGGUCUACAUUCAAGACGUUGAGGCCGCAUUUGACCGUCCAUGCAAAGAACUCAAGGCUUUCAACAAAGUUUGGGUGGCGACUGGGAGUACAGUGACAGUCAGAGUUAGUCUCGACAAGUAUUCCUUGUCGUAUUGGAACGAAGAGCUCGAGAAAUGGCUGGCUGAAAAGGGUACUUUCCGUGUCAUUAUAUCUCAAAGUGCCGACCCAGAAGAUGAGAUAUUAAGUGCGGACUUUGAGCUAGAAGAUGAUUACCUCUGGCAUGGUGUUUGA